GGAGCAUCCCUGUCUCCAGGCCGGUCCGUUUCUCCCCCGGGGUCCCUCCCGGCCGACCCCCAGAAUUUGACCCCUGUCUCAACAGCAAAAAAAACCCAAUCCUCGCCUGGAUGCCUUGACUCCACGGACCAAGCCAGACUCGGCCUUCAACCCUUGUCCAGCCUAACCCUAAUCAUAAACUCACCUCCAGCUCCCUAAUUCUCUCCCCCAACCACCUCCCGUCCUCUAAUCCGCCAGCCUAAACUAACCAAGCCCUCCCCCCAUCCCUGCUCCCCCACUCCCCCGGCCUCCCUUCCUUCCCCCACCCCCUUUUCCUUCCCUGAACCUCCUACCCAAACCCAUCCUCUCCCAAUUUCCCAGCCCCUUCCCCGUAAUUUCUCACCUCCCUCAUCCCUCGACGCCUAGCCCCUCCACGACCCCACGAAGCGAUGGAAUUUAUCUCCGGUUACCGGGAGGAAAUCCUGGACCUGGCCGACCUCCUCUCCGGCUGGUUCCGCAAAUUCUCCUCGGAGCGAGGGUCCGGGACGGUGCGGGGGGCCGAAGCCCGUCGUCGUCUGCUCGAGGCUCAGGUUCGCCGGUUGCCCCCGGACCCGGUCCUCUGGGUGUUGCACCUCCUGCACAACCGGACCCUGGGGUUCAGUGUCUGCCGGGCGGAGAGGGGGCCCAGCCCCGGCCGCCUCUUUGGGGAGGACCCCCCGCUCCGUCUCCGAGACCUGGAGAAAUACAUUGGCUUCGUCAGCCUGGAGGAGGAGGAGGCCGAGGAGGACGAGGAGGACGAGGAGGACGAGGAGGAAGAGGAGGAGGCCGGGGCAGGGCCAGGCAAGAAAUCCAGGGAAGGAGCUGGGAUGCUGGAAGGGGCCGCAGAGCUGGAGGAGAAGGAGGACGGCGAGGAGGAAGGCGAGGAGGAUGAAGAGGCGACCACCGAAGAGCAAGAGGCCAGAGCGGAGGAUGGACGGUGGGAGGAGGCCAAGGCUGCCAGGAGAAGGCGGCCGGGCAGAGACCCUGCCCCGCUCCGCCUCUCCUGCCUCCUCCUCGUCACAGAUGAGCACGGCACCAUCCUGGGCAUCGACCUGCUGAUUGGCAGGCGCCAGGGGAGCGGGGCCCGAGGGGUUGAGGCCGGUGAGGGGGGAACCGAGAGCCUGGCCCCCCGUGCCUAUGGACUCCUGUGCCACAGCAUGAUCUGUCCCAUGGGGGCUGGGGAGCCCCGGAGACCCCGGCAGCUCACUGUUGGCGAUGCCCACCUCCACAGGGAUCUGGGGGCCCUCCUGCCACGGAUCGGGGUGAAGCUGGCCAAGGCUCCCAUGAGGACCUGGGGGCCCCGACCUAGCUUCACCUUCGCCUCCCUGCGGGCCCGGGUUUGUCACGUCUGUCAUAGGCACAGCUUUGAGGUGAAGCUGACCCCCUGUCCUCAUUGCGGAGCCGUGCUGUACUGUGGCGAGAGUUGCAUCCAGGCGGAUUGGCACCGCAGCCCCGAAGAUGUGAGUCACCAGUUCUGGUGCCCGAGGUUGGCGCAGUUCAUGGGGCGGGCGGCGGAGCUGGCAUCCCUGCCCUUCACCUACACUGCCGAGACCACCAGGGAGACGUUUAACAAGGAGGCGUUCCUGAUUAACCGGGGCCUGACCCGGGGCUACUGGACCCAACUGAGCAUGCUCCUCCCCGCCCCAGGAGCCCCUGGUCUCCCCCAUGGGGAUGGGCCCCAUCCUGGCCCCCUCCUCAAUGGGGACCCGUACCAGCUGCUUCAGGGAGACGGGUGCUGUCUGAUGCCCCCCAUGCCCACGGAGGCUCCCCGGGAGCUCUUCGUCCCCAAGCUGAACAUCCAGAACAAACGGUCGUUGAAGAUCCACGUGGUGGAAGCGGGAAAGGAAUUCGACCUGAUCAUGGUGUUCUGGGAGCUGUCUGUCUUGUUGCCCCACGUGGCCUUGGAACUGUGGUUUGUGGGGGAUACACUGCCGACCAAGUUGGACCAUCAGCACUUCACCCUGCAGAGGGACGGUCCUGGGGUCUCCGUGUGCCUGGGGCCAGGGCCCAAGGAGAAGGGGAGCCGGAGAGACCUUCAGAUCAAGGUGUCCGCCCGCCCCUACCACCUGCUGCAGGGCCCCAAGCCCGACCUGGUCAUUGGGUUCAAUGCUGGUUUUGGCCUCAAGGACACCUGGCUGAGCAGCUUGCCAAGGUUACAGUCGCUGCGGGUCCCGGCCUUCUUCACGGAGAGCAGCGAAUACAGCUGUGCCAUGGACGAGCAGACCAUGGCCGGGGCCUCAGGCGGAGGGACCAGCGUCCCCUGCCUCAACCCUUUCCGGUCGCCCUUCCGCCUGCGGGCUGCCGACAACUGCAUGCCCUGGUACAGCAAUGCCUUCAUCUUCCACCUGGUUUACAAGCCACCCCCAGCGGGCAGUGCCCGGCCCGGCCCAGCCCCGGCCCCGGCCCCGGCCCCGGCCGCUCCACCGGCCCCCGACCGCCGACGUCGCAUGGACAAGAAGGCCAGCCGCGGCCCGGGCCGGAGAAGGAAGUGAGAGGUGGACGGGGCCGGCCCCCGCCACGCAGGGCAGGGGGGCGGCGGAGACCAGACGGGUCUGGGGAUGAGCCGGGACCAUCCGGAUGGAGAAUAAAGGAAG